AUGGGUGCUCCCAGGCUCCGAGCGGCCGCGGCGGCGGCACUGGGGCUGCUGCUGUGCGCGGGGCUGGGGCGCACAGGCCCGGCGGGGCGCGGAGGCCACGGGGCGCCGGGGCAGCCCUCGGAGGAUGCUGCACGGCGCCCGUGCCCAGCCGCCUGCCACUGCCUCGGGGACCUGCUAGACUGCAGCCGCCGGCGGCUCGUUCGCCUUCCUGAUCCUCUCCCGGCCUGGGUCGCCCGGCUGGACCUCAGUCACAACAGGUUAUCUUCUAUCCAGACAAGUUCCCUGAGCCACCUCCAAAACCUUCGAGAAGUGAAGCUGAAUAACAAUGAACUGGAGGCCAUUCCAAACCUGGGACCAGUGUCAGCAAAUAUUAGACAGCUCUCCUUGGCCGGGAACAGCAUUGAUGAAAUCGUCCCUGAGCAGCUGGAAGCCUUUCAGUCCCUCGAGGCCUUGGACCUGAGCAACAACAAUAUUUCAGAACUUAGAACUGCAUUUCCGCCCUUACAACUCAAGUAUCUGUAUAUCAAUAGCAACCGAGUUAUGUCCAUGGAACCGGGGUAUUUCGACAACUUGGCCGGCACCCUCCUGGUGCUGAAGCUGAACAGGAACCGAAUCUCAGCCGUGCCCCCCAAGAUGUUUAAACUGCCCCAGCUGCAACACCUUGAACUGAACCGAAACAAGAUUAAGAACGUGGAUGGACUCACAUUCCAAGGGCUUGGGGCACUGAAGUCUCUCAAAAUGCAAAGAAAUGGAGUAACAAAGCUUAUGGAUGGAGCUUUCUGGGGUCUGAGCAACAUGGAAAUCCUGCAGCUAGACCAUAACAACCUCACUGAGAUCACCAAAGGCUGGCUCUACGGCUUGCUGAUGCUGCGGGAGCUUCAUCUGAGCCAGAAUGCCAUCAACAGGAUCAGCGAGGAUGCCUGGGAGUUCUGCCAGAAACUCAGCGAGCUGGACCUAACUUUCAACCACUUAUCGAGGCUCGACGAUUCCAGUUUCCUUGGCCUAAGUCUGCUAAAUACCCUCCACAUUGGGCACAACCAAGUCAGCUACAUUGCGGAUUGUGCCUUCCGGGGGCUUUCCAGUUUAAAGACUUUGGAUCUGAAAAACAAUGAAAUUUCAUGGACUAUUGAAGACAUGAAUGGAGCCUUCUCUGGGCUGGACAAAUUGAGGCGACUAACACUCCAGGGAAACCGCAUUCGAUCUAUUACCAAAAAGGCCUUCACUGGUUUAGACGCCCUGGAACACCUGGACCUGAGUGACAACGCCAUCAUGUCUCUGCAGAGCAAUGCGUUUUCCCAAAUGAAGAAACUUCAGCAACUGCAUUUGAACACAUCCAGCCUCUUGUGUGAUUGCCAGCUAAAAUGGCUCCCACAGUGGGUGGUGGAGAACAGCUUUCAGACUUUCGUCAACGCCAGUUGUGCCCACCCUCAGCUGCUAAAGGGGAGGAGUAUUUUUACUGUCAGCCCAGAUGGCUUUGUGUGCGACGAUUUCCCCAAACCCCAGAUCACGGUUCAACCAGAAACGCAGUCCGCCAUAAAAGGCUCCAACGUGAGUUUCACCUGCUCAGCUGCCAGCAGCAGUGACUCCCCGAUGACGUUUGCGUGGAAGAAAGACAAUGAGCUGCUGCAGGAUGCUGAAAUGGAGAACUAUGCACACCUCCGGGCCCAGGGAGGCGAGGUGAUGGAGUACACCACCAUCCUGAGGCUGCGCGGUGUGGAAUUCGCCAGCGAAGGGAGAUACCAAUGCGUCAUCUCCAACCACUUCGGGUCGUCGUACUCCGUCAAAGCCAAGCUCACCAUAAACAUGUUACCUUCCUUCACCAAGACCCCCAUGGACCUCACCAUCCGUGCUGGGGCCAUGGCCCGCCUGGAGUGUGCCGCCGGGGGACACCCGGCCCCACAGAUAGCCUGGCAGAAGGAUGGAGGCACGGAUUUCCCAGCUGCCCGGGAGAGACGCAUGCACGUGAUGCCGGAGGACGACGUCUUCUUCAUAGUGGACGUGAAGAUUGAGGACAUUGGGGUGUACAGCUGCACGGCUCAGAACAGUGCGGGGAGUGUUUCUGCAAACGCGACCCUGACCGUGCUAGAGACACCAUCAUUUCUGCGGCCUCUGUUAGACAGAACUGUCACCAAGGGAGAAACGGCGGUCCUGCAGUGCAUCGCCGGUGGGAGCCCACCCCCCAGGCUGAACUGGACGAAAGAUGACAGCCCAUUGGUGGUGACCGAGAGGCACUUUUUUGCAGCGGGUAACCAGCUGCUGAUUAUCGUGGACUCGGACGUCAGCGACGCGGGAAAGUACACGUGUGAAAUGUCCAAUACCCUGGGCACCGAGAGAGGCCACAUGCGCCUCAGCGUGAUUCCUUCUCCGACCUGCGACUCCCCUCACAUGACCGCCCCAUCCUUAGACGAUGACGGAUGGGCCACUGUGGGCGUCGUGAUCAUAGCCGUGGUUUGCUGUGUGGUAGGCACAUCCCUCGUGUGGGUGGUCAUCAUCUACCACACAAGGCGUAGGAAUGAGGACUGCAGUAUUACCAACACAGAUGAGACCAAUCUGCCGGCCGAUAUCCCUAGUUAUCUGUCGUCUCAGGGGACGUUAGCUGACAGACAGGAUGGGUACAUCUCCUCAGAGAGCGGAAGUCACCACCAGUUCGUGACGUCUUCAGGAGGUGGGUUUUUCCUGCCGCAACAUGACAGUACUGGGACAUGCCAUAUUGACAACAGCAGUGAGGCCGAUGUGGAAGCUGCCCCCGAUCCAUUCCUCUGCCCCUUUGUGGGCUCCGCGGGCCCUGUGUACUUGAAGGGGAGUGUCUAUGGCCCAGAUCCAUUUGAAGUUUAUCUUCCAGGUUGCAGUUCUGACCCCAGGGUAGCCUUGAUGGACCACUGUGAGCCCAGCUACAUGAAGAAGGACUGCUUCCCGUGCGCUCAUCCCUCAGAGGAGCCCUGUGAUCGGAGCCUCAAUAGCAUCCUGUGGCCACACUCAAGAAAGCUCAUGAACUCCAUGUACUCUCAGAAUGAGGGACCUGCCGUUCAGACCCUGUGUUUAAACAAGUCCUCUUUGGAUUUUAGUGCAAGUCAGGAACCGGGAUCAGUUACUUCAAGUAACUCUUUCAUGGGUACCUUUGGAAAACCUCUGAGGAGACCUCACCUGGAUGCGUUUUCGAGCUUUGCGAAGCCACCUGACGGUCAGCCGAGGCCCUUUCAUGUGAAAGCGAUUUCCUCUCCCGAGCUGGACUCUGAGUCAGAGGAGGAUGAGACAGACAGGACAGAUUUUCGGGAGGAGAACCACAGGUGUACUUAUCCACAGAUAUUAGACACUUACAGGACUCCAGACUGCCAGCCUUGUGACUCGGGCACAUAGACUGGACGGGAACAAGGGAAAUCGACACACUACCUCAUCUGGGCUUCUAUUGAAGAGACACAGAAUCGAAUCCUAUGUUUUCAAAUGGACUUACAAAGUUUAAAAAAGGAAAAAAAAAAGCUUUAUUUAUACAGAUGAACCAAAAUUACAAAAAGUUAUAAAAAUUUUAUACUGGGAAUAACUUUCAUAUAAAAAUGCGUUUUUAAAAAGUAUUUUAUAACUUCGUUUUAUAUGAAAAAUAUCUUAUGUAAAUUAAUGGCAUAAGUCCAUGACUAUUUUAUGUAUUUUUAUAAAGCCAGAUUUCUUUUUAUUGAGAAUGGGUACUAAAGCCUUUUAAAUAAUCCUGCAUUACCCCCCCCCCUUUUUUUUUUGGAUAGAGGCCACUUCAUUCUCUUUUGCACAUUACAUUUAAUAAAAUGUGUCAUUUGGUGCCAAGCCCCAUUUAUACAAUAAUAGAUUUUACCGUUUUCAAUGCGUUUUGGACCUAUUUCAUUUGUAUUAUCACAUGUUAGAUGAAUUAAAAGUUAUAUUUAACGUAUUAAAGUACAGCCAGAGGACCCAUUCAGCCCACCCCACGCCCUGGAUGGUUACAAGACUGACGUCACGUGAUUCGCAGCCAUGCACGCUCCAGGAGAAGGAGUUGCAGCCAUCAGGGGCGUAUUCCUAACCUCACAAACAGAAGAGGAUACAGCCGUCCGUCACAACUGUCGCUUAAAUGACUCCACAAUCCAUGUUUCCUUAAUAAUGCUAAUGCCUUGUGGUCCAGCACCUAAUGUCUAUCGCAGGAGUUCCCUACCCACCAUGGCUUGUGUUAUAGCCAGAAGGCUCUUUAUCUCCUGUCUGUGCUGUGGAAAGGGCCACAGGGAAGGUGAGCUUUCACCCACAGUUGCUGUGGGAUGUCAUCCCACUCUUUUCUGCCCCUACUAGUCUUCACUGAAUGUGGUUGGUGUACACACAGUGGCGUGGUUGGGCUGUGCACAGUGCUUCUAAAGUAUUUUGAAGCAUUUUUUUUUUUUAUGAACAUAUUUUACUGACUUUGUCAUGCCAACUCUACUUUGUUGAAAUUUAAGAUAUUGAACCUGUCACUUCAACACUUACAAUCUUUUAAGGUGUUUGUCUCAAACAGUAUGAAGGGAGAACACCACAUCCCAAGCUCAUGCACGAAGGAAGGAAGGGGAGAUUUUCAACGCUACCCUCACUGCAAGCAACAGAGUAGAUAAACUUACUACACUUGAAGUCCCUGGGAAUAAAACUGGACAUUUAUCCUUAGGAGACUCUUGUUAGUGUGUGCCACUUAAAGAAAACACUCCGGCCCAAGGUAAGUUGCCAUGACAGGAGUUAGUGUAGCAGUACUGAAUUUAAAAAAUCAAAACUUGAAGACGUGUGGGUUUCAGCCAUUAGCAGUUUUUUAAAGUAAACUAAAAAUAGUACUUGGGAAAGAGGUAUCUUCUUCGAAGAUGCCGUGGAGGUAAGGUCUUCCUGCUGGGUGUCCUUCUCUAUUGAGAGUCAGGAGCCCAAACCUAGAUCACAGGAAGCUUCCCCUUUCAUUUAGACCUUAGAAUCUAAGACAGGAAGUGCAUCCCUCCAUGGACAACCAGCGACUAGUAGGAGAAGUGAUUUCCUGUGCUUUGUCUUUAUCAAACUCAGAUAAAUUUUGAACUCUUACUGUGAAUUUGUCUACAUUGUUACCCGACGUUCUCCGAACAUGGACCUCUUAAUUAUGAACUUCUUUUGAAGGAGUUAUUUUUUUUUUUCAAAAUUUGGUAGAAAAGUUUAAGUCAACACCUUAAACUGAAAUGCUGGAUUAUUGGGUGGAUCAGACGGCUCAGCAGGGAAGAACCCUUGUUGAUUUCACAGAGGGCCCUGGUUCAGUUCCCAGCACCUGCAUGGCUGUUCACAACUGUAACUCUAGUGCCAGGGGUGUCUAAUGCCCUCUUCUGGUGUUACAAGCACCAGACGUACAUGGUGCACAGACGUGCUUGUAGGCAAACUCACACAUGAAGUAAGUCUUUCUUAACACAAGGUAAAACUGGGUUCCUCAACAUGAUUUUACUGUGCUGGUUGGCCAAACUUGUGGAUCAGAUAUGAAUCUUACCUGUCUAGAAAAAGGAGAACCCAGUUCCUCGGACAUCAGCAAGAAGAGUGUACACUGUGUUGAUACCUCCCAUCGGAUAAACAAAUAUGUAGAUAUUAAGUUCUAAAAUAAUAUAAAGGUAAGGGUGAAUCUUAAAUCCCUUGGUCUGCCCAUUUUAUUUUUGUGAUGUUGGGGGUCGAACCCAGGUCCUCAAUCAAGUGCCUUAUCACUGAGCUGUACUUCCAACCUAAGGUUUGGUUUAUUUCUAAGUAGAAUUCUUAAACUUUUAGCAUAGCUUUCUUGUUUUUGU